AUGACGUCCCAGCAAAAGAAGGCUGUCAGCUUUCUUGGCCCAGCUGCCUCAUAUUCACAUCAGGCAGUGCGGCAAGCAUUCCCUGAGAACGACUGGGAGUACAAUCCUGUGGUGACCAUUGGCGACGUGUUCGACAUUGUACAGGACAGUGUGUCUCCUGCAGGCCUCGUGCCCUUUGAGAAUUCGACAAAUGGCUCUGUGGUCUUCACCUUGGACUACCUAGCGGAUCGCAACGACCGAUAUCCGGAUGUCACGGUGAGGGGCGAGGUUUAUGUCGACGUUCACCACUGCUUGCUCGGCCACAAAGCUCUAAAUCACAACCUAGAGGAUGGGACAGAAGGAUCGGGCACUUGCACACCCACGGCCACCGAUCCCAGUCCCCCACGACCCAGGACGAAGCCCUUGAGCAGCUUAAAGCACAUUCAGAGGAUCUAUUCGCACCCGCAAGCGUUCGGUCAAUGCAAUGCCUUCAUAUCUACGUAUCUGAAGGGUGUGGAGGUGUUCGAUGUCAGCUCCACGAGUAAGGCUGCCGAGAUUGUCAGCGGAGACACCACAGGGACGUGGGCUGCGAUAUCAAGCCAACUCGCCGCAGAGAUGCAUGGUCUUGACAUGCUGGGGAGGAACAUUGAAGACCGGACUGACAACACCACGAGGUUCCUCAUCAUUGGGAAAGACCCCGAGAUACCGCGAGAAGGUGAUCUGACCAUGCCCAGCCACGGUCAGGUUGGCACCAAGUCGAUGGUAUCGUUGACAGUUCCGCACGACUCACCAGGGGCCCUGGCAAAGGCGUUGAGCUGCUUCGAGGAGUUCGGCCUCAACCUGACAAGCAUCAACAGCCGGCCGAGCUUAGUCCAGCCCUUCCAUUACAUUUUCUUUCUCGAGUUCCGUGGACAUUUGUAUGAUGAUCCGGAGGCGAAAGUGAGGGGUUGUUUCGAGAAGCUGAAAAAUGUCGCUGAGAAUUGGCGCUGGCUGGGUAGUUGGAGAACAUGUCGGUAA